AUGUGGGCACCGCGUUGUGUAGAUUCUGGCCGCAACGUUCGAUACUUUGUCGAUGGCACCGUGGGAUUAGGAGGGCACUCGAAGCUGCUGCUGGAGCAAUCUUCGUCUGCGCGCUUGCUAUGCAUCGAUCGCGACCCAGAAAUCCUUGAACAAGCAAGUCGGUUGUUGGCGCCAUAUUCCGAUCGCGUGGUGUUUGCACACGGAUCAUACAUGGACAUCAAGUCUCAUCUAGCGCAAGCUGGUUUUCCUGACGUAGUUCAAGGCAUUCUUGUCGACUUGGGAGUGAACAGUCAUCAUUUGGACGCUGGGAAGCGGGGAUUCAGCAUCUAUCACGACGGGCCAUUGGACAUGCGGUUCGAUCCAUCUACAACCACACCGACAGCCUCGGAUCUCGUCAACACUUUGUCGGAAGCUGCUUUGAUUAAGAUCUUUACACAAUAUGGAGAAGAGCCGCUCGCGAAAGAGUUUGCAAAAGCAAUCAUACGGCGACGGGAGGGCCACCCGUUCACACGAACGAACGAGCUCAAGCGAUGCAUCGAAGCGAUCGCAGACAAGUGGAAGACCAGAAAGCCCACCAAGGGCAAGAAAACCAUUCACCCAGCGACCAGAAUCUUUCAAGCAUUGCGCAUCUCCGUCAACUCCGAGUUGGACCAUCUUCAAAAAGGCAUGCCGGCGUUCCUCGACUGUUUGGCCAUCGAUGGGCAGUUGGCCACGAUCGCGUUCCACUCGCUUGAAGACCGAUGGAUCAAGCGAUUUUUUCGAGACAUCAUCGACGACACGGAGGCAUUCGAACUUGUCGUACGAAAGGCAGUCCAAGCAACGGACGAUGAAGUGACGGCAAACCCGCGGAGCCGCAGCGCCAAAUUGCGCGGCAUUCGACGCAUUGCGCCACCAGACCUUGCAUAG